CAAAUUCUGUUUUGUGAAUCUCUUCUGAAUAUUUUUGAGAAACCUCUUUCAAACAUGAAUGAUCCCAUUCCCAAACCCGUAGUGGAAAUUCAGGUUCAAGCUGAGAGACGUCUCUCUUCAUCAGAAAAAUAUACAACCUCAGUGUUCCUCACCAUCAAUACCAAAAGGGAUGAGACCCUUGUAAACCCUUCCACUGCCACUGGCCAUCGAACCCUAAAGCCCAUUCCACUUUCAUAUAUUCCCAUGAAUUUCAGUCUACUUAGUUGUAGUCACCAUCACAUCGAGUUGUUACUCCAGUUUCGACUCCAUAGGAACGACCAUUGGUUGUGCAAUUACUUAGUCCCAAAGAUCUCAACGGCUGCAAUCAACGCAGGUUUUGGGUACAACGAUGUUGAUUUGACCGUGAGAGUCACAGUUACUUACCCGUACGUCUUUGUCGACGAGACAUCAUUAAAAGUAUUGAGGGUUCGACUAGGGAGGAUCAAAGCAGACGAAUUGAAGAGUUUGAAUAUGGAAACAGAGUCGUGUUCCAUCUGUCUCAAGAGUCUAGUCUCCCGUUUGAAAACACUCACUCGCAUGAGUUGUUCCCAUAUCUUCCACAAUGACUGUCUCGUGGAGUGGCUCUACCGCAAAAACACUUGCCCGAUGUGUCGAACUGUGCUCUACCAUGAUGAUGAUUAAUUAUUGGAAUAGAGGAUUGAAACUAGGGUUUUAAAUUAUCUACUUUAUUGCAUAGCUUGGGUCACACGUACGCUCUAUUUUAAGAAAAAGUUUAUGUAAUUUAGUUGUCAAUGUUUCAAAUCGAAGUUGGAAAUUUUAAUUUUGUGUGUUUUAAGGUUUUAAAUCAAUUCAAGAAGAGGUUUGAAAUUUGUAAUAGCAUCAUUACUUCUAAUCACAUAAACUCUUAAACUGUGC